CCAAUUCAAGCGAAGCGUUAUCUAAACCGUGCAACAGCUUGCAGAGAGAAAGUCGUGAGGAUGUGGAACCAGAAUGCUGCAUACAAUGGAUAUCACGGGCAGAGGGAUUACAGGCAACUAAGUUAUACCCCGGGUAAAUGGAUGAACUGGAUGAAUGUAUUGGUCAAGGAGACAAAUGAGGACGCUGAUUCAAGUACUGUCUCAAGUUCUGAACCUCGGAGUUCAAAAAGAAGAGGGAAUUCUAGAGGCAGAAGAACCUGUGUCACGAAAACUUUGGUUGGGAUUGUCUUUGCCCUACUUCUAUUAGGAAUUUCCUUUGUUCCUCUCAUCCUUUAUUUUGUCGAAAAAGAUGAAUACAAGUAUUACAAAGCUGAGGCCUCCAUUACUUUCCAAGGAACUUAUAAUGAAAGUCUCGGAGACUUAUCAACACAAAUAUCUAUAAAUUUUCAACAAGACUUCUGCCAAGUGAUGGAACAAACACAAGAUAGGAAAUUCAAAGAAACGUACAAUGGUUGUUUAGUCACCCAGAUCACGAAUGGCAGUAUCAUCGUGGAGUUUACAAUGUACUACUACACUAAAAUGACAGUGCAAUCGGAUGACGUUAAAUCAGAAAUAAUCACAUAUUUGAAAACAAAUUUUACAACGACAUUUUCUUCCAAAUUUAACAUCACAGUUGAUUUUAGUUCUCUUUAUGUAUCGCUUGUUCAAACGGGAAGAAAUGGUUAUAAUUCUGGUACCUCAGAUUCCCGAUUUAUAACGGCUUGGUUAACCUCAACUAAAGGUACAGCUUCAACAUUUGAAACUACGAUAAGCAGCAACGCAGACAAUGCGACUAUAACCGAUGAAGUCACAACGACUCUUACCGAGUCAACAGUCACUAUUCAUCCGGCUGUAACUACCACUGUUCCAUCUGAAACCACCACUGAAACACCAGCUUCAACAACCGCAGGUUCUCCCGAAACCACCACUGAUACACAAGCUUCAACAACCACUGCUCCUUCUGAAACUACCACCACUGAUACAUUAACCACAACAAUCACAGAUCCUCACGAAACCACCAUCAUUGAUACACUAGCUUCAACAACCACAGUUGCUCCCGGAACCAUCACCACUGAUACAUCAACUACAACGAUCACAGUUGCUCCUGAAACCACUACCGAUGUCACACCAACUGCAACAACCACUGUUCCCCAUGAAACCACUACCACUGAUACACGAGCUACAACAACCACAGGUCCUCAUGAAACCACUACCACUGAUACACAAGCUUUAACAGUUGCUCCCGAAACAACAACCACUGAAACAACAAGUACAACUACCAGAGUUCUUCCCGAAACCACUAUCAUUGUUACACCAACUACAACAACCACAGUUCCUCCUCAAACCUUCACCACUAAUAUGCCAACUACAACAACCACAUUUUCUCAGGAUAACACAACUACCACUUCCACUACUAAUUCUCCAACUUCAUCAACAAAAGUUCUAACCGAUACCAACACAACCAAUCUUCCAACUACAACAGAAACUUUUACUGAUUCAACAUCUUUUAUUACUACAUCUUCUGAUAACGAUACAAUGUUACCAUUGCCUUCCGAACCUUUUGCAGUUGUUGUGAUGAAAAAUUCUAUUGGUGAAAUCGGCAAGCAGGCGUAUAUUCCAUGUACAAUCAACAUUACGGGUGGCGAUUGGGUCAUGAUCUACUUAUACCAGACUUACAACGACAGCAUUGAUCCUAGAAUUGCCACACUCAGUAAAAAUGAAACAAUAACAUAUUUUAACCGUGAUCCUCUUCUGAUGCCAACAUUCAAUAUCAGUGGAUCUCAUAUCGAAGCUGUUGUAACGUUUGAUUUCAGCAAUUUUGAUUCUUCCAAAUGUUUAAUGAGACGUUAUAGUUUUGUUUGCAGUGUAGAGAUGGCUACCGGCAUUACAUUUAACGCUUCAGCGGAGUUCGAUCUUAUAGCACCACUUACUCAACCUACUGUCGUCUUACAUGGAACACGGUAUGUGGUCAACGAAACGGCCAAUGUUUCACUAGCUGCUAUCAAUGCAACCUGUAACACCACCAGAGAUAGAUCCAGUGAUAUCACUUCUAUAAUAGCUAUGCGUAUUGAAAAUGCAUCAGGCGCUGAUAUUAUAAGUUUUGCCAACGUAACCUCUUAUAACAUGUUCACUAAUACCUGUGGAGAAUUUGUGUUUAUUCAUUGGAGCGAAGUUUUUCCCUACCGUUCAGAUUUAAAUGGUUCAAAUCUAACUUGUUAUGUUGAGACAAACAGUAAACAGGUUAGUAGUGACAUCGUUGCCCUGACGUUUUUAGAACAACAAAAUCCAUUUGUUAGUGCGACAGCAAAUCCUGCUGUUACCACUUCCACAAAUGCUGAAAAUACUAUGACGACAAAUAUGCCAAUAGUUAUACCUUAGUCAUAAGCGAUAGGGAUCAUUGUUUUGUUCACUUUCACAUUUGAUCAUUUUUUAACACAAUCUGUCGAUAUUUGAGGUCUUUUCACCCAAUGUUUACAAUCGAUACGCAUGCGCUGUUAAGAUAAAGGCUUGGCUUACAAUAUUAACCGGAUGGAUUGUCUUAUAUCAUUAGUUUUAGCGAUAACUUGAGAAUGUUUAGAUUUCAUAACGUGUAAUUUUUGCAAAAUGUGUAUUAUUUAAUUUCCAAAAACUUAAAUUAAAUUAUUAAGGGAAAAUUGUUAAUUCCUGAAAGAAGAACUGAUAAAGAUAUAAAUCAAUUAACAUAAACUAUAAAUAAUAUCAUUUUAUACAAAAGUAUUAUAUAAAUCAAAUCAACAUAAAGUUAAAUUAUAUUAAGGAUUUAAUAUUACAUAUAAAAUGAGUACAUGUAGAUAUACUUCAGGAAGUUUCAAAAAUCAAUUUAACAUUAUUGUCUUGGAUACCGAUAAAUAUUUCAGACUCAUAUGCAUUGUUACAACAACAAAAAAUUGUGUGUGUGUGUGAGAGAGAGAGAGAGAGAGAGAGAGAGAGAGAGAGAGAGA